CGCGUGUCGUCACUGCUGUGCAGCGGCUGGUCCAGCUGAUCGUCUGCUCGAACACUAACUAGGCCGGCGGACGAACCCUGCAGAGAUGAAGAGUGUCUGACACACACACACCGUACUGGUGAUGGCUACAGAGAGCGCUAUAGUGCAGGACUGGCUUUCAGAAUAUAAGGCGCUGUCAGAAGCGCAGCGGUGUGGUUAUGCCUCAGUCCUCCAGCAGAGGGAGACUCUGGUUCCAGCACUGUACUCCGUCAUCCAGAACCCUCACAGUGAGCUGCUGGAGCCGGUGUGUCAUCAGCUGUUCGAGCUGUACCGCAGCAGUGAGGAGCGUCUGCGCUGCUUCACUCUGCAGUUUCUGCCGGAGCUGCUGUGGGUUUUCCUGCGCAGAGGAGCUGCAGACGCCAGCGGGAGCGUACAGGCCCUGCUGCUGGGCAUCUACAACCUGGAGAUCGUGGAUAAGGAUGGGAACAGUAAGCUGCUGUCCUUCAUGAUCCCGUCUCUGUCCAAGCCCUCCAUAUACCACGAGCCGUCCAGCCUGGGCUCCAUGGCUCUGACUGAGGGCGCUCUUUGUCAGCAUGACCUGAUCAGGGUGGUGUACAGCGGCCUGCACCCGCAGAGAGAGACCUUCACUGCGCAGAACAGGUUUGAGGUGCUGUGCUUCCUGAUGCUGUGCUAUAACUCAGUGGUGGUCUACAUGCCCUCCUCCUCGUACCGGGCCGUCUGCAGGAUGAGCUCGCGGCUGUGUGUGUGCGGGUUCCCCCGGCAGCAGCUGAAGGCGUGGUCGGCUCCUGGUCUGCGUGUGAUGCUGGACCCGGAGUUCAUGGUGCAGAUGCUGACCGCUGUCUAUCAUGCCAUAUUUAACGGCGAGUGGGACGCAGGCAGGGAGGCUCUGGAUGAUAUCCUCUACAGGGCGGAGCUGGAGCUGUACUCGGAGCCUCUGCUGCUGGGCAAUGCCAUGCGGAGCUCUUUGCCGGUCAGUGCGCCCGGGGGCUCGGCGGGCAGCAGGCGGCUCCUGCAGGUGGAGGUGACCCCGACCGCCAGCCGCAUCACACACUGCAGCAUCACGGCCGCAUCCAUCCGCAGACUACGCUGGCAGAGAGAGGAUGCUGAUCAGCUGAGCGGGGACGAGGAGUGUUUGGCGCUGAAUGAUCCAGAUGAGGGCUUCUCGUCCGGGGCGUCCAGCAGCAGUCGAGGGAACGCCGCGUCCCGUCUGUGUGCUAGUAAGAAGAGCCGAGUGAGGAGUCGGCAGGGUGCAGGUCUGCCCCGCAGCAGCAGCAGCAGCUCUGCCCGCACAGCUCCGGUAGAGCCCCGGAGCCCCGACACCCGCAGACUCUCCAACCGCAGCCUGCCAGAGGAGCCGGAGCCGAUGCGGGGCCCGCAGUCCCGCUCGCCCAGCUGCAACAUGCAGAUCAUCUCACAGGUGUAGCUCAGGUGUAACCCUUGACUCUGCUCAUCUCACAGGUGUAGCCCUUGACUCUGACCCCUAGACUCUGACCAUCUCACAGAUGUAGCUCUCAACUUUGACCAUCUCCCAGGUGUACCUCUUGACUCCGACCAUCUCCCAGGUGUCGCCCUGAGCUCCACACAUCAGCACUCCUGCCACUGAACAGAAUCAGCUCUAUUCUGGAGUAAGGUCAAACUCUUAGGGUAGUUUGGGUGACCCUCAGAAGGCAGCGCUGUGACCCGGGCUCUGCAGUCCCGCAGGGAGCUCUGACAUGAUAAUCAGCAAUAAUUAAUCCAGUCACCCGUAAUAUGUGUGGUUUCCUGCAGUGUGUGAGCUCGUCCUCUAGUGUGGGUCAUGUUUUGAUCAUAUGCUGUUGAAAUAUUUAUAUUAAUGUAAAAUGUGUUGUGUAGAGUUUGAUUGCAGAGGAUGUUUCUGAGACUGAGCCUGUCCUUUGCUGCUGCUUGAUUUGGUUUAUGCUGUUUGUUUAGAUGUAGAUGCUCUGUACGGUCGUGUUCUCCAGUGUUCUGACCUGAAUCACAGGAUUCCUCUUCUUCGUGUGGGCUGAAUGCAGAUGUAUACGGUGGUCUCAGUGUGUGUGAAUACUGUAAACACAGGACAGUGCUGUAAUCU